AUGUCGCUACCGCUCGAGUGUUUACCACCAGAAGUUCUCCUCCGCAUCCUCUUCUUCCUGGAAAUCCCCGACCUGCUCCAAGUGAGUCGCACAUGCCACAAGCUGCGCGAAAUCGCUUGCGACCCUCUACUUCACCUCGAGCGACUGCACCAUGUCUCCCAUACUCUAUCCACCCUGUUAGCCCGGCGGCCGUCCAAGUCUGCCAUCAGUCCUCCCAAUUCGUGGAUAUGGCUAAGCAAGACCAAUGUUCUCUCGCGCCAAAUCAGCAAGAGUUUAAUACGCAUCCGACUAAGCCAUAAUCUCGAACACAGACCGAGUCCGUAUGACUUGGUACAGAGGGCGAUCCUCCCAUCUACAUGCACAAACUAUUCUUCGCCGGUUUCGCCGGUCCUGAUACAGUCACAACAGGCCGUGCAAAAGAGCAGAUUAAAGGAUGGAUUAUGUCGCAAACUCGAGCGUCGGCCGAGCAUGAAUAGUCUGGUGUCUCUCAACAUCAUGCCCGAAGAGUGCGCGCGGCACAGUGUCUCUCCUGCCAUCGUGGCCACGAGGCGCAAAGUGAUCAGAGAGAGCUUGAAGGACGGGCUCCGCGCAUGGGUUGAAGGACGCGCAAUACAAGCACAAAAGAGGAAAGCAGAUGAGAUGGACGCUACGGAAAAGAUUACUGUCAAGAGCUUGGUAAGGAGGUUCGCCGCAAGAAAGGUCGCUGUGGACCUGGAGACCCGGGGACUAGGUCGUCUUGUUGAUCCAGUCGUGGCUGAGAAGAGGAAGGCACAGGCGAAAUGGGGCAGGGAGGUCGAGCUUGCAAAGAGGGAUCAAGAACGAAGAGCCGCCACCAAUGGUGCUUGUGCGCAACCGACGCGGGCACAUGUCUUGGGACUCAAGAAGUUCUGGGAGGGAGUUAUUCGGGCGGCUGCUGGAUGA